UUUGUCUCAAAUGUUUCACCGUUUGUUUUUCAGCUGUGAAGAUCAGCAGAAACCCUCAGACUGCAUUUUCCUCAGCAAAAAGGUGUAGCUGCAGUUCCUGCCCACACUGCCGGUCAAGAUGGUGGUGUUGUCGCUCAAAAUCUGCGUGCGACAAUGCAACGUCGUGAAGACGAUGCAGUUUGAGCCCUCCACAGCUGUUUAUGAUGCCUGCAGGAUUAUCAGAGAGAGGGUCCCCGAGGCUCAGGCUGGACAGGCUUCAGAUUACGGCCUCUUCCUGUCCGAUGAAGACCCYCGGAAAGGAAUCUGGUUGGAGUCUGGAAGGACGCUGGACUACUACAUGCUCCGUAACGGGGUAAACACAUCAGUCUGUUUAACCCGCAGCCACAUGGGGCGAAGCUGCAAUCACKGCAUGAAUGUUUGCUUUGAACACAGAGCAAACUGUGCCACUCUUAAAUUGGUUCCCCUCUUCAAAUUCACCAAAGGCAGCCCAGGCAUCACAAACUAUGAGGAGUACUCUCUGAUCCAGGAGACGGUGGAGGAAAAGAAGGAGGACGGGACGGGUACGCUGAAGAAGGACAGGACGCUGCUGCGAGACGAGAGGAAGAUGGAGAAGCUGAAAGCCAAACUGCACACAGAUGAUGACUUGAACUGGCUGGAUCACAGCAGAACGUUUAGAGAGCAGGGCGUGGACGAGAACGAGACUCUCCUGCUCAGACGCAAGUUCUUCUACUCGGACCAGAACGUUGACUCCAGAGACCCGGUCCAGCUCAACCUGCUUUACGUACAGGAAAAGAUGAAGAGUAAGAACAAGCUGGUGCCUCGGCUCCUGGGCAUCACCAAGGAGUCGGUGAUGAGAGUGGACGAGAAGACCAAAGAUGUGGUUCAGGAAUGGCCCCUCACUACGGUGAAGAGGUGGGCCGCGUCGCCCAAGAGCUUUACGCUGGACUUUGGGGAGUACCAGGAGAGCUACUACUCAGUGCAGACCACCGAAGGGGAACAGAUCUCCCAGCUCAUCGCCGGUUAUAUUGAUAUCAUCCUCAAAAAGAAGCAAAGYAAGGACCGCUUUGGAUUAGAGGGUGAUGAGGAGUCAACCAUGCUGGAGGAAUCGGUUUCCCCUAAAAAAUCCACGAUACUUCAGCAGCAGUUUAACCGUGUGGGUCAGGUGAACCAAAGCUCCGUGGCGUUGCCGGGGGUGAUCCGCUCUGGCUCCAUUGGCACCGAGUCGCUCAGCAUGGGCACCAUGCCGUCCCCUCAGCAGCAGAUCACCAUGGGUCAGAUGCACCGUGGCCACAUGCCUCCACUGAGUUCAGCGCAGCAGGCUCUGAUGGGAACCAUCAACACCAGCAUGCAAGCUGUUCAAAAAGCCCAAAUAGACCUGGGAGAGGUUGAYGACCUCCCACCGCUGGGGCAGGACAUGGCCUCCAAAGUGUGGAUCCAGAACAAGAUGGACGAAUCGAAACACGAGAUCCACUCCCAGGUUGAUGCCAUCACUGCAGGAACAGCUUCUGUUGUGAACCUCACAGCCGGUGAUCCMACUGACACAGACUACACCGCUGUGGGCUGCGCCAUCACCACCAUUUCCUCCAACCUGACGGAAAUGUCGAAGGGCGUGAAGCUGCUGGCCGCGCUGAUGGAGGAYGACGUGGGAGGAGGCAACGACCUGAUGAAGGCUGCCAGGACGCUCGCAGGBGCYGUGUCCGACCUCCUGAAGGCCGUGGAGCCRACCUCCGGCGAGACCAGACAAACGGUGCUGACCGCUGCAGGUAGCAUCGGUCAGGCCAGUGGAGACCUCCUGCGACAGAUCGGAGAGAACGAGACAGACGAGAGGUUCCAGGACAUCUUGAUGAAUUUGGCCAAAGCGGUGGCCAACGCGGCGGCCAUGUUGGUGCUGAAGGCCAAGAACGUCGCCCAGGUUGCAGAGGACACGGUCCUGCAGAAUCGGGUCAUCGCUGCCGCCACACAGUGCGCCCUGUCCACCUCCCAACUUGUGGCUUGUGCAAAGGUGGUGAGUCCGACCAUCAGCUCUCCGGUUUGUCAGGAGCAGUUGAUCGAAGCCGGGAAACUGGUGGACCGCUCAGUGGAGAGCUGUGUCCAGGCCUGCCUCUCAGCCACGGAGGACGGGGAGCUGCUUAAACAGGUGAGCGCAGCAGCAAGCGUCGUGAGUCAGGCGCUGGCAGAUCUUCUGCAACAUGUCCGUCAGUACACCGCCAGGGGAGAGCCAAUCGGGCGCUACGACCAGGCCACAGACACCAUCAUGACCGUGACGGAGAGCAUCUUUACCUCCAUGGGAGACGCAGGAGAGAUGGUUCGGCAGGCUCGGGUUYUGGCUCAGGCUACCUCAGACCUGGUGAAUGCCAUGAGGUCCGACGCUGAGGUCGAGGUGGACGUGGACAACUCCAAGAAGYUGCUGGCAGCCGCCAAACUGCUGGCAGAYGCCACUGCAAGGAUGGUGGAGGCAGCAAAGGGUGCAGCAGCGUACCCAGAGAACGAGGACCAGCAGCAGAGGCUGAGGGAGGCUGCUGAGGGCCUGCGGGUGGCCACCAACGCUGCGGCUCAGAACGCCAUCAAGAAGAAACUCAUCAACAGGCUGGAGAACGCCGCCAAGCAAGCCGCGGCUGCAGCCACGCAGACCAUCGCUGCCGCUCAGAACGCUGCCGCCUCCAACAAGAACACAGCAGCUCACCAGCAGCUGGUGCAGAGCUGCAAGGCUGUCGCAGACCACAUCCCCCAGCUCGUYCAGGGAGUCCGAGGCAGCCAGGCCAAACCAGAGGACCUGAGUGCCCAGUUGGCYCUUAUCAUAGCCAGCCAGAAUUUCCURCAGCCUGGUAGUAAGAUGGUGACCUCGGCCAAGUCAUCUGUUCCCACGGUGACCGAUCAGGCCGCGGCCAUGCAACUGGGUCAGUGUGCCAAAAACCUGGCCACCUGCCUGGCUGAGCUCAGGACAUCUGCACAGAAGGCUCAUGAAGCUUGCGGCCCCAUGGAGAUCGACUCGGCGCUCACCGCCAUCCAGACCCUGAGGAGCGAACUGCAAGACGCGAAGCUGGCUGCAGGGAACACCCAGCUCAAACCUCUGCCUGGAGAGUCGUUGGAGAAAUGUGCUCAGGAUCUGGGCAGCACCUCAAAGGCAGUGGGAUCCUCCAUGGCUCAGCUGCUUACAUGUGCAGCUCAAGGAAAUGAACAUUACACUGGAAUCGCUGCYAGAGAGACGGCCCAGGCCUUGAAGACCCUCGCCCAGGCGGCACGAGGCGUCGCCGCUUCCACCACGGACUCCCAGGCGGCCGUCGCCAUGCUUGACUCGGCCCGAGACGUCAUGGAGGGCUCAGCGCUUCUGAUCCACGAGGCCAAGCAGGCGCUGAUGUCCGACGGAGACGCCGAGAGUCAGCAGAGGCUGGCGCAGGUGGCCAAAGCCGUCUCUCACUCCCUGAAUAACUGCGUCAACUGUCUGCCUGGCCAGAAGGACGUGGACAUGGCUCUGAAGAGCAUCGGCGAGGCCAGCAAGAAACUUCUGAUUGAAACCAUCCCUCCGGCCUCCAAGUCGUUUCAGGAAGCYCAGAAUGAUCUGACUCAGACGGCAGCAGACCUGAACCAGUCGGCAGGCGAKGUGGUCCACGCCUCCAGAAGCUCCAGCAACCAGCUGGCUUCAGCCUCUGGAAAGUUCAGCCAGGACUUUGAUGAGUUUCUGGAUGCUGGCAUAGAAAUGGCUGGGCACACACAGAAAAAGGAUGACCAGGUGCAAGUGAUUGGUAACCUGAAAAACAUCUCCAUGGCUUCCAGUAAAUUGUUGCUGGCUGCUAAAAGUCUGUCUGUGGACCCUGCAGCUGCAAACGCUAAAAACCUGCUCGCUGCUGCAGCAAGGGCUGUGACUGACAGCAUUAACCAGCURAUCACGCUGUGCACCCAGCAGGCGCCCGGUCAGAAGGAGUGCGACAACGCCCUCAGAGAGUUGGAGGCUGUCAGAGGAAUGCUGGACAACCCCAGCGAACCGGUCAGCGACCUCUCGUACUUUGACUGCAUUGAGAGUGUGAUGGAAAACUCCAAGGUMCUGGGAGAGUCCAUGGCUGGCAUUUCUCAGAACUGUAAGACCGGGGAUGUGCCUGCGUUUGGAGACUGCGUUGGCUCCGCCUCCAAAGCCCUUUGUGGCCUCACUGAAGCUGCGGCACAGGCCUCCUACCUGGUGGGCGUAUCGGACCCCAACAGUCAGGCCGGACACCAGGGGUUGGUGGAUCCCAUCCAGUUUGCCAGGGCCAACCAGGCUAUCCAGAUGGCCUGUCAGAACCUAGUGGACCCACAGAGCAGCCCCUCCCAGGUGCUGUCUGCAGCCACAAUCGUUGCAAAGCACACCUCUGCAUUGUGCAACGCCUGCCGUCUGGCCUCCUCCAAGACCACCAACCCAGUUGCUAAAAGGCACUUUGUACAGUCUGCCAAGGAGGUGGCUAAUACCACUGCCAACCUGGUCAAAACCAUCAAGGCUCUAGACGGCGAUUUCUCAGAGGAGAACAGGAACAGGUGUCGGGUCGCCACCGCUCCGCUCAUCGAAGCCGUGGAGAACCUGACGACGUUCGCCUCCAACCCCGAGUUUGCCAGCGUCCCGGCUAARAUCAGCAACGAGGGCUCAGCAGCUCAGGAACCCAUCCUCCACUCGGCACGCUCCAUGCUCGACAGCUCCACCCACCUGCUCAAAACGGCACGUUCAUUGGUUAUCAACCCCAAGGACCCGCCCACUUGGUCCGUUCUGGCUGGUCACUCUCGCACCGUCUCCGACUCCAUCAAGGCUCUCAUCACAGCCAUCCGAGACAAGGCCCCUGGCCAGCGGGAGUGCGACACGUCAAUUGAUAACAUUAACAGAUGCAUCCGAGACAUUGAGCAGGCCUCUCUGGCCGCCAUCAGCCAGAACCUCCCCAGCAGGRACGACAUCUCACUAGAGGCRCUACAGGAGCAGCUGACCUCUGCUGUGCAGGAAAUUGGUUACUUAAUUGACCCCGUUUCAACAGCUGCCAGAGGCGAAGCUUCCCAACUAGGACACAAGGUUACCCAGCUGGCGGGCUACUUUGARCCUCUCAUCAAGGCUUCUGUGGGCGUCGCCUCCAAGCUCAGUGACCACCAGCAGCAGAUGACGUUCCUGGACCAAACAAAGACGCUGGCUGAGUCUGCCCUGCAGAUGCUCUAUGCUGCAAAGGAGGGUGGAGGAAAUCCAAAGGCGGCCCACACCCACGAUGCCAUUGCGGAGGCAGCUCAGCUCAUGAAGGAGGCAGUGGACGACAUGAUGGUGACGCUGAACGAGGCGGCCAGUGAGGUGGGCAUGGUGGGAGGAAUGGUGGAGUCCAUCGCUGAGGCCAUGGCCAAGCUUGAUGAAGGAACGCCUGCCGAACCUGAAGGCUCCUUUGUGGAUUACCAGACUAACAUGGUGAAACAUUCAAAGGCUAUUGCAGUGACUGCCCAGGAGAUGAUGACCAAAUCAGUGACCAGUCCGGAUGAGCUGGGGGCUCUGGCCUCUCAAGUGACCGUGGACUACAGCCAGCUGGCCGUCCAGGGGCGGCUGGCUGCUCACACUGCUGAGCCAGAAGAGAUCGGCUUCCAGAUCAAGAGCCGAGUGCAGGAGCUCGGUCACGGCUGCAUCUUCCUGGUCCAGAAGGCCGGAUCUUUGCAGAUCAGCCCGUCCGACAGCUUCACCAAGCGGGAGCUCAUCGACUGCGCCCGUGCUGUCACAGAGAAGGUGUCCUUGGUGCUGUCGGCCCUCCAGGCUGGUAAUAAGGGCACCCAAGCCUGCAUCACCGCUGCCAGCGCCGUGUCGGGCAUAAUCGCAGAUCUGGACACCACCAUCAUGUUUGCAUCUGCAGGCACACUCAAUGCAGAGAACGACGAGUCCUUCGCAGACCACAGGGAAAACAUUCUGAAGACUGCCAAAGCCCUGGUAGAGGACACUAAGAUGCUYGUGUCCGGAGCCGCUUCCGGUCAGGACAGAUUGGCCCAGGCCGCCCAGUCUUCUGCCAAAACCAUCACCCAGCUCACCGACGUCGUCAAACUGGGAGCGGCCAGCAUCGGCUCUGAUGACCCCGAGACACAGGUGGUUCUGAUCAAUGCAGUCAAAGACGUGGCCAAGGCGCUAGCGGAGCUCAUUAGUGCCACCAAGUGUGCGGCSGGGAAGGCAGCAGAUGAUCCGUCUAUGUACCAGCUGAAGAGUGCCGCUAAGGUGAUGGUGACCAAUGUGACGUCCCUGCUGAAGACCGUCAAGGCUGUGGAGGACGAGGCGACUCGGGGCACCAGGGCACUUGAAGCUACGAUCGAGUGCAUCAAACAGGAAAUGGCGCUGUUUCAGUCUAGGGAUGCUCCCAAUAAGACCACCACCCCAGAGGAGUUCAUACGCAUGACUAAGGGCAUCACCAUAGCUACCGCUAAAGCUGUGGCUGCAGGAAACUCUGCACGCCAAGAGGACAUCAUCCAUACRGCCAACCUGAGCCGCAAAGCUAUCUCCGACAUGCUGACGACCUGCAAGCAAGCGGCUUACCAUCCCGAGGUCAACGAAGAGGUCAAGAAAAGAGCCCUGAUGUUCGGAGCAGAGUGCACAACCGGAUACAUUGAUCUGCUGGAACAAGUACUGCUGGUGAUGCAGAGGCCCUCAGCAGAGCAGAAGCAGCACCUGGCAGCUUGCUCCAAACGAGUGGCGGGCGCCGUCACGGAGCUCAUCCAGACUGCCGAGGCCAUGAAAGGUUCGGAGUGGGUGGACCCCGAGGACCCUACAGUGAUAGCAGAGACUGAGCUGCUCGGGGCCGCGGCGUCCAUCGAGGCGGCAGCGAAGAAGCUGGAGCAGCUGAAACCCAGAGCGAAGCCAAAGCAAGCAGACGAGACGCUGAACUUUGAGGAGCAGAUCCUGGAGGCUGCCAAGUCCAUUGCCGCAGCCACCAGCGCGUUGGUCAAAUCCGCCUCGGCCGCUCAGAGGGAGCUGGUGGCCCAGGGCAAAGUGGGCUCCAUCCCUGCCAAUGCUGUGGAUGAUGGACAGUGGUCCCAGGGGCUCAUCUCUGCUGCGCGUAUGGUGGCGGCAGCGACAAGCAACCUGUGUGAAGCCGCCAACGCCUCGGUGCAAGGCCACGCCAGUGAGGAGAAGCUCAUCUCUUCAGCCAAACAGGUGGCGGCCUCCACCGCCCAGCUGCUGGUGGCCUGCAAGGUGAAGGCGGACCAGGACUCCGAGGCCAUGAGAAGACUGCAGAUUGCAGGGAAUGCAGUAAAAAAGGCAUCGGACAAUUUGGUCCGGGCGGCUCAGAAAGCAGCUUUUGACAAAGCGGAUGAGGACAACGUGGUUGUCAAGACAAAGUUUGUGGGUGGAAUAGCUCAGAUCAUUGCAGCCCAGGAGGAGAUGCUGCGGAAGGAGCGGGAGCUGGAGGACGCCAGGAAGAAGCUGGCUCAGAUCAGGCAGCAGCAGUACAAGUUUCUGCCGAGCGAGCUACGAGAAGACGCCAACUGAUGCCUGCUGUGUGAUGAGCACGUCUGCGUUUGGUGUGGCAAACCUGGACAGGUGUUAUGAACCCACAGUGAYUUCUGUGACCGGUUCUUGAAAGACCGGUACAACUUCAUCGCAUGAAAAGAUCUUAAAUAGCUACGAGUGGGUUUAAAAUACUACUGUGUGGAGUCAGCUACUUCCUGCAAACAACAUAAAGAUCGUGGUGACCUGACAGAACUUAGUCCUCUCUUAUACUGUCUA